GGUAAAGGUGAAGACUUCAAAAGUUGUUACAGUGGACGCCUGAAACAGCACAAGCUCUUUAAACUGAGCCCUUCGACAAAGUAUUCCUUCCGAUUAGCUGCCAAAAAUGACUUUGGCUGCAGUGAUUUCAGUGAAACAGCGGUCUUCUAUACAUCAGGAAUUCCGCCUCCACCGCCACUGCCACCUAAGUUGAAAGAAGCAGGAAUCUACAGUUUGUCUCUAGAGUGGCGUGCCCCAACAAACCCAAACCCAAAUGACACUCUUACUUAUGUGCUAGAGAUGGAUGAAGAAAGCUUUGGAAUAGGCUUCAAACCUACAUAUGAUGGAGAAGACCUCACCUGUACCAUAAGAAAUCUUCAGAGAAAUACUACGUACAAGUUUCGGAUUUUUGCCUGCAAUCUGGAUGGAAGGAGUAAACCCAGUGGAGAAGUAAAAUAUACUACUCUUCCAGCUAGGCCUGGAUGCCCUAAAAAGCCAUAUGUAGUGGGAGCAAUUCAUGCACGCCAAGUGACAAUUGGAUGGGACUUACCGAAAGACAAUGGUGGAAUGAACAUUUCAAAUUACAGCCUACAAGUUUGUGAAAAUUCAGAUGGUGCAAAUCAGUGGAAAAUAAUCUACAAUGGCACUCAACAGGAAUUUCUGUGUGAUGACCUCCAACCAGGCACCACAUAUAAACUGAGAGUCUUUUGUACUUCACCUGCAGGCCAAAGCCGUCCUUCAGAUGUAUUGACAAUUCAGACGCCUACUCUUCCUCCUGAGUCUUGCCGUUCACAGCCCUUCUGUGGUAAAACAAAGGGCAAGGAUGCCAACCUUCCUGACAAUCGUUCUGUUAAUGGGAAGCCAGAAGCACUUGUGUGCGACAAAAAAGCAAAAGGUCCUCACCAGGACAGAAAGGUGUACUCCACCUCUACAAAGAAAUGUGCA